AAUGGCUUCAAUAACAUAAUUAGAUGAAGAAUAUAAAAUGUACUUCGAAUAGAUAAUGGCUAUGCUAGACUAACUAACUUAAAUAAGUUUAGAAUUUGUGAGCUCUAAAUUAACUUUUCUUGAAAAAUAUUCAUAAACCCUUAAAGAUUCUUAAAUUGAUGCAAGAUAGCAUAGAAAUAAUCAAAUAAAGCAUUUAGUUGAUUAUGUGAAAAUGCAUCGUAAAUCUAAGACACGAUCUGCAAUUCAUGUUCCUGCAAGCAGAACCUUUCAUUUUCAUCAUAAAUCACUUGAUAUUUAAGAUACUUAUUUUGAGGAUAAUGUAUAAAUAAUGCCAAAUUCUUGUUUAAAUUAGAAAAGUAUGAGUGAUUCAAAGUCAAUACAUACAAAAACUAUCAAAAAUAUUUUAUAAAAAAUGGUUUAAAAGAAAUGUUCUCCCUAAAAGUAAGUUAAUGAUCCAGUUCUUAAUUUAUUAUAAAAUGCUAUGACUUUAUUAGAGACACAUCAAUAAUUUUACUAGGUUGAAUUUAAUAAAUUAAAUAAAGAUUAUGAAGAAAUUCUAUAAGAAAAUCCUUAAUUUUAGGCUAAAAAAAGCUUAUAAAAUAAAUCAAGCAAAAUCAAAUAAAACUUGAAUUCUCUUAUUGAAACUUAAAAAUCAUUCAAGUCCUAUUUGAAUUCAAUAAUGUGA